AUGUUGUAUUUGGUAGCUAAACACUUGAAUCAUAACACUACACUUAAUGACAGCAAAAAUUUAGUUGGACUAUCUUUGUAUUUCUGGUCCUUUUCCCUGUUGCUUGCAGGCUCCUGUUUGGAAUUUGGACACUCGUGCUGGGGCGCUCACGGCAAGCGGUCGGGCAGCCGGGCGGCAAUUGCAGCUAAGCAGCCAACACCUCUGGUCGACAACCUGGCUGAGCAGCUCUUCAACAACAAUAUGAAUGCGAUUGACGAUGACAGCAACAACAAUAAUAACAAUAAUAAUAACAACAAUAACAACAACUUGCCCCAAGCUGCGUCCGCUUUGACGCCCUCAGCGAGCGAAUCGAGCGCGGCAGAACGCAAUCGAGAUGUGAACGAGGCAAAAUGGAGGCAACUGCUGCGACAGCAUCGUCUGCAGCUGCGUCAGAUGCAACGCCAGUUCGAUGCCAGCGAUGCAGCCGAGAGCUGGCGCAAAUUGCAGCAAGCAUUGGCCGAGGCAGAGCAGCAGCAGCAGCAGCAGCAGCAGCAACUGUUGCCGGUUGCCGACUUUUAUGAACUUGCAAAGUGAACGUUGACCGAUUAAUGAGAAAAACAUGUAUACGAGGCACAGAUACAGAUACACACACACACACAUACACACACACACACUCACACAGAGACAGACAGCCACACGCAUAAACAAAUUGAGCUGAAGUUAAGCGAAAAACAAUUAAACGAUAUUUAUUCCAUCAGAUAAGUGAUCUUUGCAUGCUGCGCCCCAAUUAAAAACUUAAACAA